AUUGAGUCGCUUGUCAACGGACUAAGCAAGACUGAACACAGUUGGGCAACAACAAGACAACACGUAUUUGUAAACAGCACUGCGUUGCGGAAAGAAAUUGGAUUAUUUUACGGUCACUUUCCCAAAAUGCUUGUGAGGAAAAUGAAGUUGCUUUUUCGCGAAGCUGCCUGAGAAUCAUGAACAUAUGAAACUUGACCCUGCAGAGGGCCGAUGUACGUCCCCUGCCGGAUUGAAUGGCAAUGAGAAUACAAGACUGAGUGGGAGUACUGCAAUGACUAGCCAGCAUCCUAGCCAUGCAGAAAGCACUUACUUCAGAGACAAACAGCCACCUGCUUUGGCGCCUAAGCUCCAUGUUCAUCGAUCCGAGUCAAAUGAGACCCUUACAAUCCACUUCUCAGCUCUUGGGAAGGAGGAAGAGGAGGAGGAGGAAGAGCUGUACACAACAUCGGUCUCCUCCACAUCCACCACUCAGGAUGAAGUAAAUAUUGUAACAGGCAUUGAGGCUAGUGAGGAGAUGUUUGAAGCACAGCAAUCGGACCCUUCAGGUGAUGUGGCUCCCACACACCAAUCUACCAGAUCGCCACUUUCUACUUCUCACACAGCCUCAUUGCCAGAUUUUGUCGAGCAAAAAGGCACAAGUACCAAUUCAUCCCCCACCAAAUCUUUGAGCUUUCCGUCUGCAGACAAGUCCUUUCUAACGCUGAUGAAAUCUUUUGCCUCGGACAUUGAGACUAAAGAUGGAGUCUCUACUAUUACUGCUCCCACAACAAGGCAUAGGCAUCUGAUGAAAUCUCUGGUUAAAUCCUCAUCUGACACCUCUCAGGACCCCUCGUCCCAUCGUCUUUCAGAGUCCCGCCUUAAUCUGCAACUCUUCAAGCAAUUCACUCAGUCCCGGAUGCAGAAUGCUAGCACAAUAGCAACUGGUGAUUCAAAAACAGCCCCUUCUUCUCCGCUAAUCUCUCCAGAUAACCGCAGCUUCUUCAAAGUCUCAGAGGUUGAAGCACGAAUUGAAGACACUAAACGCCGUUUCUCCGAGGCCAUCUAUGAACCACUUCAGCUGCUGAGCAAGAUGAUUGAUGAAAAGAGCAGCAGCAGCCUGAGUCGGCCAAAGGCUCUCUCUGCCAGUGCGUCCGAACUCUACAACCUGACUUCUGUCAGUGGCCACCUGGACGGAAACAAUGACUGCAUCAAAGAGGAAGAAGCCACUGAAUUGGAAGGGGAAAGCCCAAACACUGGCACCUCUGGUCCAGGAGAGCCUCUAGUGGCACCUUUAGACAUGAAGAGCCCCAACAAAUCAUCCUCAUUCCCGUUAUAUUUGGACAAGUGUUCCAUGUCUGCUCUUGCAAAACAGGAGGAUGAGGACUUUUGCAUUUUGUACAGUGAGGACUUUGAAUCUUGUACUGACGGUGAUGUUGACGCUGGUACUGGAACUGGUACCCAGUCUCAAGUGCCUUUAAGUGGGAGUACUGAACCUUGCAGCGAGGAUGAAUCUGAAGAUGCUGAGCCCGCGCCUAGCAUUCCUCACUACACCCUUUUCAUUCUUACUAUUCUAGUCUAUAGUUGCUUUGUAUUACCUUUGCCGGAGUACAUCCGAGGAAUAUUGCUUGGCGUGGCAUUGGGAUUCUUUGUCGCAAUCGGGGUUGUGUGGCUGACUGGACCGAAACCUGACAGACGCUUUAGAUGUUCUAAACGCUAUGGAAAACUGUGGAAUCUUAAAAGAUUGGACAUUAAAGAACCAGAAAUCUUUAAGGGCUGGAUGAAUGAAAUAACAAAUUAUGACCCAGAAACCUACCAUGCCACAUUGACACACUCUGUGUUUGUCCGCUUGGAGGGUUCCAUCAUCCGUCUGUCAAAACCAAACCAUAACAUUGCCCGACGUGCCAUUCACAGUGAACCAAAACCAGAUGUAACCUACAUCAGCCAGAAGAUCUAUGAUCUAACAAACAGCAAAGUCCAUCUAGUGCCUCAGAGCCUGGCCAGGAAACGGAUAUGGAACAAAAAAUAUCCUAUCUGCAUUGAACUGGCCAAACAGGAUGAUUUCAUAUCUAAGGUGGACGGUGACACCAGUGAGAACAGAGGAGACGGAACAGGAAGAACUCAAGAGUCAGUCCGGUCAAUGUCCUCCAGUAGAGACCUUACUCUCUAUCUUUUUGGACGGACUGGGAGGGAGAAGGAGGAGUGGUUCCAGAGGUUUAUAUCAGCUUCUAUGCUUAAGGUGGAUUUGAAAAAAGCCACAAGUCCUGCAAGCUCCAAAAGUGUUCUGAACUCUCAUAGUCGAAGUAGUAGCCACAGCAGUCUGGAUGAUGUCCUGGGAUCGCAGCCCAAAUCAAAAGACUCCCCAACUGCAGGCAGUGCUAAAACCCAGCUGUUGGACUACAGUGUCUACAUGGCUUCAUUAUUGCCAAAAGAGGUUGCACUCAGUUCCCCAGCGACCAGCUCUGAUCUCCACUGUCCCCAGGGCAGCCCAGGAGCUGACAAGAAGAGUCCCACCUCAGCACAGGAGCAGCUCCCAGAGGAGGGGGAGGAUCCUGUUGCCUGGGUGAAUGCAGCUGUCGGCCGACUCUUCUGGGAUUUUCUUCGGGAGCCUUAUUGGGCUGAGCUUGUCUCCAAGAAGAUUCAAAUGAAACUCAGCAAGAUACGGUUGCCAUACUUCAUGAAUGAGCUUACCCUGACAGAACUAGACAUGGGUGUGGCCACACCGAGGAUCCUUGGAGCUUCCAGUCCUUCCAUUGACUAUAAAGGUCUGUGGUUUGACUUGGAUAUAUCCUACAGUGGGUCCUUCCUGAUGACUCUUGAAACUAAGAUGAACUUGAUUCGCUUGGGCAAGGAAGGAGAAAGCUUCCGUUUAGGGGAAGAUGGAUCCAGACCCCGGACUUACUGCCUGGCUGACAGUGAUGAGGAGUCUUCCAGUGCAGGCUCAUCGGAUGAAGAAGAUGCGUCUGAUCAGUCAAAUGAAAUCCCUGGAGCAGAAGGAUAUACUUUUGUUGGAGGCCACAAACCCAGCAAGAUCAUGCGCUUUGUUGACAAGAUCGCAAAGUCCAAAUACUUCCAGAAAGCCACAGAGACAGAGUUCAUCAAAAAGAAGAUGGAGGAGGUAUCCAACACCCCUCUUCUUCUCACAGUGGCGUUGCAGAAACUCCAAGGAACUGUUGCAGUCAAUAUACCUCCACCACCCACCGACAGGAUAUGGUAUGGCUUUAGGAAGCCCCCUCACUUGGAACUAAAGGCACGGCCUAAACUGGGAGAAAGAGAAGUUACUCUGGCUCAUGUCACCGACUGGAUCGAGAAAAAACUGGAACAGGAGCUUCAGAAAAUUAUUGUAAUGCCAAACAUGGAUGAUGUGUGGCUGACUAUCAUGCAUUCUGCCAUGGACCAACGAACCUCGGGUCGACCUUUGGCUUGGUCUGCAGUGUCCCAAGAGCCUUCGCUCCUGGAGAGGGACGGCACCAGAUAGCCGCAAAGAACGCCUGUUUACAAUACAGUAUUCCCCCAAAAAUCCAGAUACCGAAGUUGGGGCCAAAGUUGAUAGGAGAAAUAUACCCUCAUCUACAAAAUGAAAAGAAAAGAUUUUACACAAAUACUGACAGUGUCUGCUGCUCAGUUUUAUAGCAUUUGUCAUGUCUUUGAAGGGUUUUCAUGCAAGAAUGUAUUGGCGAUAAAAUGGCUGAGUUUAAGCCGGUAAGGGCAAUGUAUGACCUCCUUAUUGUGCGACACGUAUAGAAGCAUUCACCAGAUGUCUUAAGGCCUGCAAAUAAGUUUCUAUUGAGGCCCCAGAAAGAGAGCGGAUAGCGUGUCAGUUGUCGAGAGUUAACGGAAAUGUAAGCGGGUAAAAGCUCAGAUUGUUGCUGAUCAGGUGUUAACUAACAGUGUUCAUUUUUGCUGUCUCUACCACCUGAAUGCCACUUAUUAUGCCAAUAUUUCCCUUUAUCUAGAUCUGUACAGAGAUAAUGCUCGAUGGCAAAUCGUGUUUAGAAGAAAUAGAUUUUACUGUGUACAUUCCAUACAUGCGUGAACACAAGUGCAAUGAUAUAAAUGCUGCAUUAACUAAUGAAUGAUGUGCUAUAGAAGUCUAUUGAAGUUUUUUUUUUUUUUUGGUUAACAGAUAUAUUGAAUGUAUUUGUGGAUGGUUACUGUCGUUCAAUGUUAUAAUGAAGUGUCUACCUUUUUGAUUGCGGUAUGCAAGUGACUGCACAAAGAGAGUUUUCCUUUUCACAUUCUUUGUGAUGAAACACAAUGUACACUAUGUCUCAAUAAUUGGCGUAAUUACCAAUUGCAUUUAACAAACGUGUUGGAGUUGGAUGGAGUUAAACAACUUGAACAAAGAGUUCUUGCAAAGAGCCAUGUCAUUUAAUUUUGACCAUACUCUGAUGAUGCUAAGGUACUCAAUAGUGAAGCCUUUCUUGCCAAGAGUGAAUAGGCUUACUGGGUAUCUUUGUUGGCUGGGGGGCGGAAAUAGAAAAAGUGUCAUACUUUUGUGUUAUGUUAGCCAAAGUUCUACAGUUGGGGUGGCGUACAGUGCCCUUCCUCUCUGCUAAAAGGUACACUCAUCUAUUGUAAUGUACUCCUAAUUACAAUGACUACAACACAUUUACCAUAGUUUACAGGAAUUAAAAUCGUUUGUCCUUACUGUAAGGAUACUAAUGGGCUGCAACUGAAUAGAUUUUGUGACUUAACCAAAUGCCUUAUAGCGUUUUCUUAAAUGUUUUACAUGAGGUGGCAUCUGGCUUCUGUUUUUGUCUACUUUGGAAUAAAUAGAAUCAUGGAGUUAUUUUAUUUUUUUUUUUUAAAGGGUAUAUGAAGAUCACGGCAAUGUGUACUUGUGAAUUAUUUCUGACCUGCUAAAAAUGGAUGUGCAAUUUUUAAAGCCAAAUUAAGUGAUUGUGUAUCUGCCUUAUUUAUGAAGAUAAAUUGGAAAUAAUUAAAAGAAAAUAUUGGUGCAAAUA